GCUGGAGGAUGCUGGAGCGAAGCAGCAGCGCACCAUCAGGACCAGAAGUGCGAGUGGGAUGGAGACGCUGAGUGAGAUGUAAAUGGAGAAGAAGAAUGUCCUCCAUACACAUCGGAUCUCCAUACGAUGUUAAAGUGCUUCGCAUUAAAACACAGACAGCGUCACUUCUCUCAGAAGUAAUUCAGUACUGACAAUUAAUGUCAAACUGCACGCUGGAGCAGCUUCAUGCUGCCUCGCUGGGCGAAAGGUUGCUGAAGGAAAGAAAGCUUUAUGAGACCCAGCUGAACGAAACACAUCUAAAUGCAGCAUAAUGCCUUCAAAAGUCUCAUGUUUAUACCUUCUGACAGUGGUCUGCUGGGCGAGCGCUCUGUGGUACCUGAGUAUAUCCCGCCCGAAUACCACCUACGUCGGCCACAUGUCGGUGCCUGUACGCAAGGCCGCGAAACCCCCCAAAAACAUCACCUUCACCAACAUCCACACCCGCUCCCUCAACCCGCACGCCUUUGAAUUCGUCAUCAACGAGCCGAAGAAGUGCGAAAGUGCCGCUCCCUUCCUGGUCAUCCUCAUCAGCACCACGCACAAGGAGUUUGACGCGCGGCAGGCCAUCCGGGAGACCUGGGGAGACGAGAGCACCUUCGGCGACAUCCACAUCCUCACCAUCUUUCUGCUGGGCAGGAACACGGACCCCGUCCUGAACCAGAUGGUGGAGCAGGAGAGCCAGAUCUUCCACGACAUCGUGGUGGAGAACUUCAUCGACUCUUACCACAACCUCACCCUCAAGACCAUGAUGGGCAUGCGCUGGGUGUCCACCUUCUGCCCCAAGGCGCAGUACGUCAUGAAGACCGACAGCGACAUCUUCGUCAACAUGGACAAUCUGAUCUACAAGCUCCUGAAGCCCACCACCAAGCCCAGGAGGAGGUAUUUCACGGGCUACGUCAUAAACGGCGGUCCCAUCAGGGACAUGCGCAGCAAGUGGUACAUGUCCAGGGACUUGUAUCCCGACAGUAAAUACCCGCUCUUCUGCUCGGGCACCGGCUACGUGUUCUCGACGGACGUCGCCGAGCUCAUCUUCCAGACGUCGUUGCACACGAGGCUGCUGCACCUGGAGGACGUGUACGUGGGACUGUGUUUGCGUAAGCUGGGAAUACACCCGUAUCAGAACAGCGGUUUCAACCACUGGAAAAUGGCCUACAGCCUUUGCCGGUACAGACGGGUCAUCACAGUGCACCAGAUCUCCCCGGAGGAGAUGCACCGCAUUUGGAACGACAUGUCCAGCAAGAAGCACCUGAGAUGUUGAGGGACACGAUGGCACACUGAACAAAAACUUCCCUUUUUUCUUUUCUUCCCCCUUGUCAAAUCUCAUCACACCGAGUAAUGUAAAAGCACUCAAGGCCGCUGCAGGUCUCUGUUUGAUGACACAGGUUUUCAUUAACGUCCAUCUAUGUCCCGUUUUUUGCUGAUCAUGCCUCAAGAUUGUUAAUGAAUGCACGAGGCCUGUAAAGAGCUUACUCUCACGCAUAAUCAAAUAUGAUGGUUGUUGCCGAAAAAUCGUUUUGUAUUCCAGGUACAUCUUUCUGCAGAAUAGUGCUUAUAAGCAUUGAGCCUUUGGCAGCGUGGCCUGAUGGGCAGAGACUGCGUUUGAAGCCGAUGACCCUGCUGAAGUGUCCUGGAGGACGACACUGGAUCUCGACCUGCUGCACGGCUGCUGACUCAGCACUCUGAUCUCGCUGUAGGGGGAGAGAGCCAAAAGACAAUGUCUGUGCGGGAAUGAAUUGGGUAUUGAAUAACUAAAUCACAUCUGUGAUGUUUCAGAUUUUAAAAGUGCUAUUUAGAAGUGAAAAGUGAAGAGUGAAUAGUGAUCAUGUCUAACAACAAACCAAGUGUGUCUGUUCAGGAAAAAGCUACGCCCAGAGUCAAGCUGCUCUUCUCUUUUUCAUCUUUAUAACAAACACAGUUGAAGAUACACUGCUUUAUGUUGUCAGUCUCCCAACAAUUUGAUAUUUUUCAAUGGAUAAUUUUUCUCUCGCUUCUUUUUUUAUGAAUUUUGCCUGAUGUUUUUGUUUACAUAUUUUUAUAACUUCACUGCCUUUUCUCCCCGAGAAAGCUCGAUGUAUAUUUUGUUUUUUUUAGACGCAUUUGGUUCGUUCUCCUCUUUGGGCAUUUUUGUACUGGAGGUAAUUGUGUGUCUCAUUACUCCGGCUGCUGCUCUUGGUUAAUGAUUGUUGUUUGUCAGCAGCUCUCCCAGCGCAUCGCCUCCCCCACGUAUCAAAAUAAAUACAGCACCAUGUCGUGCAAGUAGGAGUUUAACUGUGGCUAAGGCCAUUCCAGACUGGAUGUAUUACUGUAUGUAUCUGGCAUAUCAGUGAUUACUGGAGCGCUGCUACUGACAUCAUGGAAAGGUUUUGUGCUUCUCAGAAAAUGUGGCCUUCGUGGCCAAAUCUCUAUUUCUUUUCUUUUUUUUUCAAGAGUUUUGUAGUAUUAUGAGCUAAUGUGACAUUAACUGUGAAAGCAUCCAUCCCACAAGGGGUUGUUGUUGUAUAUUGUAUGUUUUUUAUAUUAAAAAACAAAUACUUGAAUAAUUAAAGUUACAUUACUGCUUC